CGACCUAAUCCCCCUAUUUAUACGCCGUCUCAUCUACACCCUCACUCACUCCUUACUCGUUACUGAUUCUCUGGUCAUCGCCAUGUUUACUUUGAGCCCAAGAAAACGAAAAAACGACGGCCGGACCUCCACUGGCACCGACCCAGUGACCAAGAAGAUCAAGUGCACCUCCGUCUCAGAGCUCAUCGCUCAGUUUUCCUACUCCCGCUUGCUCAAUCGGAAGUUCUCCCCCCAAUUCGUCCGUGAAAGCGUCGACUUUGUGUCGUCGACUCUGUUCAGAACCCUACCGGUAUUCUCCGUCGACCACUACAUUGAUUUGGCGCCGGUGGGAUUGUGUGUUAAGAAGCGUGAGGUUGUGCUCUCAUGGUUUGAGUAUCCGGAAUGGCCCUGCCUGGAAUCGGCGUAUAGGUUUCUCAUCAAAUUGGUGGUCACGCAUAAGACGGACCCGAGAUCAGCAAGAGUUUUUAUCCGACGGUCGUUCGUGGAGAAGUUGCUGGGUCUGUUCCAUUCCGAGGACGAGAGGGAACGUGGGGCUUUGGAAACUUUGCUCACCUGCAUCUACAACAAGUUUACAGAUCAUCGGAAGUUCAUCAGAAACAGAGUGUUCGACAUAAUCCGGCGAGUUAAUGACAAAAAUUCAGCGAAGCACAAUGGAAUUCCGCAACUGUUGUUUUUCUUGGGAGGUAUCGUGAAAGAUUUGGACCGUUCCAGAAUAGACGAAGAGUUCGGCGCCUCCGGUCAGUUUCCGUUGCGAGCUCUGGUUCCUCUGUUCCGAUCGAAGUGGGUUCUUAUGUUCUAUCCGCAAUUAAUAGGCUGCAUUGUAGAAUUCGUGAAGAAGGACCAGAAGAUUGCUGAUAGGGUCAUCCUGGGCAUACUAAGCAGCUGGCCCUUAACGGCAGACGAUCCAAGAGAGUGCAUCUUUUUGGAUGCGGUGGCGGGGGUUUUUCAGUGGGCGAAACCGGCCGGGUUUCAGCGCUGCAUAGCGCCGGUGUUACAGCAGGUUGAGCGUUGCUUGAGCAGCCCGCUGUUCCUGGUGGUAGAAAGGGCUUUGUCUCUUCUGCAAGUGGUAAUUGUUGAGGCGGUUAAAGUUAGACUGCCGAUCAAGCGGAAAGUUGAAGCUAUACUGCCGACCGUCUUCCAGGGUUUGGUAAAAGUUACCAUGAAACAUUGGCGAGGGAAAACAAGACGGUUGGGGAAGAAAAUGUGCAAGGGCUUGUUUCCAUUACUUAUCCGGCCAGAACAGAAUACCUCUGCAACUCCGAUGACAGCUUCAGCUUCAUUAAUGGGUGCUACAAGAAUGGAAAUAGAUCAAUAUCCUUCUACAGCAGCAAUUCAACUGGAACUCCCUGUUUAUUAUUAUCUGGCAAUCUGAGGACUUUCACAAAUUUUGGUAAUGCCACUCUACAUAGUCCUUAUCUUGGCUAUGAACUUCAAUCCAAGAUUUCUCUUGACGUUUAUAGGAAACAGAUUAGCCUUAACCUGCUAAGUAAUUGUCAAGGGUUUAUUCUUUCAGGUAUAUGUAUAAAGGUUAAGUUGUAAAUAAAGAUGAUGUCUAUAU